UAUCGCUUUUCGGGCUUCGUGAUUGUGAUGGAUUUCUUCAAGUCAAAUAAUGUUUCCUGGACUUAAUUCCUGACAAUGGUAUCAGUUUUUUGUUUGUUUUAUUCGCACUAGAUUUACAUAUUUCGUAAUGUAGCCUACUACUAACUCGUCUCAUCGCCCUCCGUUAUCAAGCGACCAAAGGUCAUUUUAUUUCCGGCUGCAGGACUCGCUGGUGUUGGACUACAAAAUGAGCACGAGGAAUAUUGUUCGCUUUUGGGAAUGGGGAAAGAAAAUAAUAUGCGUCGGGAGAAACUAUGCAGAUCACGCCAUCGAACUCAAAAAUGCAAUUCCCAGCGAGCCUGUGCUCUUCCUGAAGCCCCCGUCUGCUUACAUUAGGGAAGGGUCUCCUAUUCUGGUCCCCUUCUACACCCGCAAUCUCCACCAUGAAGUUGAGCUCGGGGUGGUCAUUGGUAAAGGAGGAACUGCUAUUCCUCAGUCUUCAGCCAUGGACCAUGUGGCUGGAUAUGUGUUAUGCCUGGACAUGACAGCUCGAGACAUUCAGGACGAAUGCAAGUCCAAAGGUCUUCCAUGGACCCUGGCCAAAGCUUUCAACACCUCAUGCCCCAUUAGUGACUUCAUCCCCAAGGAGAAGAUCCCAGACCCUGGGAGCAUCAAUCUGUGGUUGAAGGUGAACGAUAUCCUGAAACAGAGUGGAAGCACAUCCCAGAUGAUCUUUUCCAUCCCAUUUCUCAUAAACUACAUCAGUGAGAUCAUCUCUUUGGAAGUAGGCGAUCUCAUUCUCACUGGGACCCCUAAAGGAGUGUCAAGCGUCCAGGAACAUGAUGAACUUCAAGCUGGGAUUGAUGGCAUUGUGACUAUGACAUUUAAAGUUGAUAGAAAAAGUUGAUUUGAUCAUCAAUAAUUAACAUUCUUGAGUCUCAAAUUGCUGCAAAGCACAAGCAUUUUGAUUUGUUUUAAAUGCGAAUACAAUGUCCGACAAGGACAAAUUCACUGAAUGGGAAACAUUGUAUAAUGUUUAAUCUUUUCUAAAUAAAAAAGAUCUGACUUCAUUAUA